ACAACUGUCAUUCGGUCAGCGUCCCCUCUGCCGCCAUUAUUAUUGUAAAUUUCUUGCAAAAUUGCGGAAUAAAUCGCUAAAAAUCCCCUCAACUUUUUGAUAAUCUUGUGAUUUUGAUAGAAAACUUGUGCUUAAAGGCUACAAUAUGUCUAUCGGAGUGCCUAUUAAAGUACUUCACGAAGCCGAAGGUCAUGUAGUGACCUGCGAAACGAAUACCGGUGAAGUUUACCGGGGGAAGCUAAUCGAGGCCGAAGACAACAUGAACUGCACGAUGACGCAGGUGACGGUGACGUACCGCGACGGCCGCGUCGCUCAGCUGGAGAACGUGUACAUCCGGGGCUCGAAGAUCCGCUUCCUCAUCCUGCCCGACAUGCUGAAGAAUGCGCCGAUGUUUAAGCGGCAAGGGAACAAGCCGACGGCUGGCCGCGGGAAGAGCGCUAUACUAAGGGCACAAGCUGCAGGUCGAGGUAGACCGGGCGGGAGAGGCGGUGGGCACCGCGGAGGCUGGCAAGGUGGCUCCGGGCCUUCAAGACGUUAGUCUACACCCCCCAGUAGGCUAGGCUAGACUAAGUUUUACUGCAGGCUCACUGCCGCGCCUUGUAUGUAAGUUACAUAAUACACUAUUGCCAAUGAUUCUGCAUUUUAUUGGCAGUUGUAUUACUGUCUGAGGAUAGAUUUUAGUUUAUUUUGUUGUGAAGAGUAUUUCACUCCACAACCUGUAUCAAGUUUGAUGGUCAUGGAAAUGUAUUAAACAAUGGGUCAAUAUUAAGUUACACACCAACCACCUGACUUUUGUGGUUGCAGACAUAUUUCUCAUGACUUGUCUGUAGAUUUUGAUGCCAAUUACGGAUUUUUAAUAAGUCUUGUACUUUUAGAUGAAAAACUUCAUCAAAAUCUUUUAUUGGAAGAAUGACCUUAGUGGCCAGCCAAUAUUUUUGCAAACCUGCUUGUUUUUCCUAAAGUAGUUCGGGUAUUGAGGUAUUUAGGAAAUAAAAGCAUGGGUAACUUUAAUCCCAUUAUUUUGACAGAAUUAAAAUCAGCUCUAGUAAUCCAUUAUUCUUUAGUGAUGUGAGAAGUUAUAUUUCUAUCAAAAUAAUGGGAUCUAAAUGUAAAAUUAAAACUUAGUGGGCGCAUCUCUUGUGUAUAAAAUUUGUGAUAUGUGUGUGAAAUGACACAAUAAAACAAAGAAAUACUA